CCGCAUUACAGAUUUUAUUUAAAACGUGAUUACCCUCUUCCCAUUGCGGCUAUAAAUUUAGUAUUUGGGGCACUUCUUUCCGACAAAAUCAAAGCUUGGGCUACAAGGUAUCUGAGAAGGCGUGAGUAAGGUAGGUUUUUGUUUGUGUGGCGAUGGCGAUGGCGAAGGCGAAGUCUGGUUUGGGAUGGGUGAUAAUGGUGGCCCUUGUUGCAGUGGCAAUGGCAGGGGAGAAGAAAGCAAGUGUGACAUUGUCACCUACACCGGCACCGGCUCCAGCUCCGGCAGCAGCCCCUGUGAAUGUGACAGAUCUGCUUCUAGUAGCAGGGCCUCUUCAGACCUUUCUCUACUACUUGGACGGUAAGGACAUGAUGAAGACUGUAGAAGACCAGGCCAACACUACCAACGGACUUUCUAUGUUUGUACCAACUAAUGCCGCAUUUGCUAACCUGAAAAAGGCAACUCUCGCAAAUCUUACAGAUGACCAAAUGAAAGCUCUGAUAUUGUCUCAUUGUAUACCUAAGUUCUAUACAUUGUCGGAUUUCCAAAAUUUCAGCAACCCUGCGAACACAAUGGCAACAGGUAUGAAUGGGGGGAAGUACAAUUUGAAUAUCACUGCAAAGAGUGGGACGGUUUCUUUGUCUUCUGGUUAUGUUACUUCACCAAUCGCAAGCACUGUGCACGUUACAUAUCCUUUAGCACUCUACAGUGUACCAAAAGUGAUGCUUCCAGAGGACAUAUUUGGGCUUCCUAGUCCUUCUCUGGCGCCCAGCCCAGCUCCAGAUGUUGCUUCCCCUGAGCCAGUCUCCUCCGACUCUCCCUCAUCCUCCACUUCGUCCCCCACUUCUUCUGCUUCCUCUUCCCCCAAAAGUGCACCUGAUGCUGCUGCUGCGCCAGUCCUCACUACCACUGUCCGACGCACCCUGCUCCUGGCUGUAGCUGGACCCCUUCUCAUGCUGUUGUAGAAUCACCAUUCCCCAAAAUGUCAGCCUUUUGGAUUCACAUACGCAUCUGGGUAGCCCUCAAAUCAGAUCUGUGAGAUCUAAGUGUUUGCAUGAGCUCAAAAGUUGAAUUAACUGGGCGUGGUUGUUUGUCAUCUGAUCUUUUAUUGUGUGACUGUGAUGUAACCAGAUCUGGAAUUCGUAGCUUCUCUAAUGUUUAUGUGAGUUCAAGCUCGGAAAAAUUGUUGCAUUUUUUAAUUAUUUAUGUAAGAUUCAUUCUCUUAUUCAAGUGUUGAAUCCCUUAGAUGAUUCUAUAUGGCAGCUUUUGCUAUAUUUUUUAGAUGAGCAGAAUCUAUUGCAGUGCAGUGGCACUUUUGUAAGGAAUUCUUGUGUUUUGCAUUCUAUUUAAACUUUCAAGUCUUCUUGGUUCUUUUA